UAGUGGACCAUCGGUAAGGCUUCACUUAGUGGGCUUUUAAUGAAGCUAAUUGUCUGUGGAUUUCGGUCUAUCGCACACAUAAUUUGGGUGGGCGUGUCUGCCUUUGAGUGACUUCAGUCGUGUUGAACUUGAGGCGAUGUAACACUGUGUAACACGCAGAACAUAGGUUAAGGGUUUCUGCAUCAAUCACCGAAUCAACAGGAUGUGGCUCCACAUACCCAAGCAAACGAAGUGAUUUUCGGCUUGAAACAGCAGACCUGGACUUGAAUGAAGUCCUAGUCUUUCGUUAACUUCGUUGAUAGACGCCGGCUGGAAGGUACGAUGGGCGGUUUCUGCCAUUCUGGAACAUUUUGCUGACAUUCCAGUGAGACAAAUAUAUCAAUAACCUUCAAGAUGAUGUCCAUACCUAACGGUAUCUGUACCAUCUCAGAAAUGGAACAUAAGAUCUCCCAACUGGAGAGGGGCUGUGUUGUCACCAUAUUUUUUCCCCGACGCAAACCAGAAAGCAAAACUCUCCAGAUAAGACGAGAAACUCGACAAGUCUUAUGGUCAACCGCUCGGUCUGCAGUAAACACAGUUGACUUGUGGGAAGUUAAAGAAAUUCGAGGUGGAAAGAGUUCAAAGGAUUUUGAAAUGUGGCCUGAAGAAGCCCAACACAAAAGUGCCACCCAGUGUUUUCUAAUUUUGUAUGGUUCUCAGUUCAAUUUGAAAACAUUGUCCAUAGCAGCAUCAUCAGAAGCUGAGUGCAGGACAUGGAUACAAGCAUUAGAAUACCUCUUGGCCGACACUUUAAAUUCACCCUAUCCUCUGCAUGUAGAUACUCUUCUACGCAAAGAAAUUUACAAAAUUCCAGGCGAAAAAGUUACUCUAAAAGAUAUGAAAGCAUUUCUUAGACGAGUAAAUUGCAAGAUACCAACUGGAAGAUUAAGGGAGCUUUUCAAUGAAGUUGACACACGAAACAGUGCUCAAUUAGGCUUUGAUGAAUUUUCUUCUCUUUUCCAUAAACUAAUUUUUGAUGAAAAGCUCUUCAAUGAGCACUUCAAGAAGUAUACAAGUCUUACAGGAGGUAAAUAUUGUGUAACCAUUCAAGAUUUCCAAAGAUUUCUUCUAGAAGAACAGCAUGAAAAGAAUGCUGAAAAUCCAAAAUGGGUAUCGGAAGUUAUGAGGGAUUUUCUGAGAGAUUCUCAGAGGGAGGUCAAAGAGCCCUAUUUUACCACAGUGGAGUUUAUGAACUUUCUCUUCUGCAAACAAAAUGAUUUAUGGGAUUCUAGUCACAACAAAGUUACACAUGACAUGAAUCGCCCCCUUUCACAUUACUGGAUUGCUUCUUCUCACAACACGUACUUGACUGGUGACCAAUUUUCAAGUCCUUCCUCAGUUGAGGCCUAUGUCAGAUGUCUACGUAUGGGUUGUCGUUGUAUAGAACUGGAUUGCUGGGACGGGCCUGAGGGAAUGCCAUCCAUUUAUCAUGGUCACACUUUCACAAAACGAAUCAAAUUCAUUGAUGUAAUCAAGACGAUCAAGGAACACGCCUUUGUAACAUCAAAGUGGCCUGUUAUAUUAUCUAUUGAAGAUAAUUGCUCUCUUCCACAACAAAGAAACAUGGCUGCUGCUAUGCAAAAAGUUUUUGGUGAUAUGCUAUUAACAGAGCCUGUUGAAAAGAAUGAAACUGCAUUGCCGUCUCCAGAAAGGUUGAAAGGGCGGAUCUUGAUCAAACAUAAGAAACUGCCAGAUGGUGUUGAAGAAACAUCAUUUGUUGUGCCAAAAGAUAGCAGUGAUGGCGCUGAACCAGACCUCCGUAAUACUAAUUGCAAGGGAUACUUGCAUGUGGAGGAUCCUGCUGAUAAAGAGUGGAAGAAAUUUUUCUUCAUGCUCUCACAGCACAAGUUGAUACGCAUUGACAACAGCCCUUCCGAAAGUAUGGACAACCAAGAAGAAGGCAGAUCGGAAGAUUGGCAGGAUAACGAUGAAGAAUCCAAAGAAGACCAGCCUGCCGGGUUCCAGCGACAGAAAGAGGGUGUACCAAAUGACGAGCUACACUUCAGUGAAAACUGGUUCCAUGGCAAGUUGGCUCGAGGCCGAGCUGAAGCAGAGGAUCUGCUGCAUCAACAUUCCCACCUAGGAGACGGUACGUUCCUGGUUCGGGAAAGUGAGACAUUCGUUGGUGAUUAUUCCCUCUCUUUUUGGAGGCAAGGCAAAGUGAAUCAUUGUCGUAUUCGCUCAAAGCAAGAGAAAGGUCAAAGAAAAUAUUAUCUCAUUGAAAUGAAUUGCUUUGAUAACCUUUAUGACCUCAUCACCCACUACCACUCUCAUCCACUGAAGAGUCAGGAAUUUCACAUUACAUUAAAAUAUCCAGUUCCCCAACCCAUGAAACACAAAGGCAAAGAGUGGUUUCAUCCUAAUGUCACUAGAUCUCAAGCUGAGGAUAUGUUGCGAAGAGUUCCUGUCGACGGUGCUUUUCUAGUUCGUCCCUCAGGAGCGAACACCUACGCUCUCUCAUUUCGGGUUGGCAGAGUUAUUAAGACCUGCCGUAUCCAAGUAGAAGGUCGACUGUAUACUAUUGACUCCAAAGAAUUUGAGAGUUUGGUAGACCUGGUCAGUUAUUAUGAAAGGAAUCCCUUGUAUCAUCGAGUGAAACUUAGAAAGGCUGUCAGUGCUGAAGUAUUACGGAGGAAUGGCACAAAUGUGGAUGAUGGUGCUAAUGUUUACACCACACCAGGAUACAUGGACCCUAGCUGCUUCACAUCAUCAGGGGUGAUUACUGUGAAGGCAUUAUUUGACUACCAAGCCCAUCAUGAUGAUGAGUUGUCUUUUCCGAAGCACGCCAUCAUUACCAAUGUGCGCCGGGUGGAAGGAGGCUGGUGGCGAGGUGACUAUGGUGGGAAAAGGCAGCACAUGUUCCCCUCUAAUUACGUUGAAGAGCUGCAUGGCAAUUCGGACUGUGAACACCCAACUCGAGUGGCAUCAGAAACCAGCCAGGCAGGACCUAUUGAUUUGACUGGUGCCACAGUAGAGUUCAAGCAAGAUGGACAUGUUGAAAACCCUUGGUACAUUCUACGUAUUCAGGGGCCUAACAUGCUCAUUCCGUUUGAGAUGGCUACAAAUAGCUUGGAAGAUGCAAACCGAUGGCACCAAGCCAUAAGAGAAGCUGCAGAGAAUGCCUCUGCUGAUGAAGCAAAAAACAAGCAGAUGGAGCGCAUUUCUCGAAUUGCUAAAGAAAUGUCAAACCUUGCUGUGUACUGCCGUUCUGUUGUCUUCAACACAGACAAACUAACCAGCGACCGUAUGGUUUUCAACAUUCAUGAGAUGUCAUCUUUCCCAGAAACUCAAGCUGAAAAAAUCAUUUGUCAAAAGGGAAGAAGUUAUUUUAUUAAAUACCACCAGCAUCAACUCAGCAGAGUUUAUCCAAAAGGUUCCCGAGUCGACUCUUCCAAUCCUGACCCAAUACCCUUGUGGAACAUGGGCACUCAGAUGGUUGCGCUAAACUACCAAAAGCCUGACAAAAGUAUGCAGCUUAACCAGGCUAAAUUUCGGAUUAAUGGCAACUGUGGCUACAUUUUGAGACCUGAUUUCACUUUUUCAAAUGAUUUUGACCCGAGUAAGCGUAGCCGCUUGUCAGGUGUUGACCCUGUUGUUCUUCAUGUUCGAAUUCUAUCUGCCCGUCAUUUGACUCGGCCAGGACGCUCCUCUGUUAGUCCUUUUGUAGAAAUUGAGUUGAUUGGAGCUGACUUUGACUCUGGCAUCAAACUUACUACCAAACCUGUUGCAGAUAAUGGUUUAAAUCCAACAUGGAACACAGAUUGUGAGUUUGAAGUUGCAAAUCCCAAUUAUGCUCUUUUGCGCUUUGAAGUCAGAGAUGAGGAUAUGUUUGGAGAUCCACAUUUUCUUGGACAAGCUACCUACCAAGUUCAGGCUCUUAAAUCCGGAUUUCGAAGUGUACCUCUGAAAAAUGGAUACAGUGAAGAUCUUGAACUGGCCACUCUGCUCAUUCACCUUAGUAUUACCCAUGUUCAGCAGGAGCCAAGUAGUCCAUCAUUGAAUUUGCCGAAUGUGGAUGACCAAACUGUCGCCCUCCUUGACUCCUGAUUGAAGGCAGACAGUCCAUCAUCACCACCAUUGUAGCAUAUUAUUAUGUGUGUUUUGUGAGACAGUGUGCAUGUGGAACAUCUUCUCUAACAUCACUUGUCUUGGUGCAACUUAACUUAUGAAUCAAGCUAUGCCUCUUAGCAUUUUAGUCAAUGUGUGCAUGCUCAUUAGAUAAUAUUCAAUGCAAGUACAGUAUGUUUUAAGCUUUCUUACAUACUGAUGAUAUUUAUUUGCACAUGGCAAUUGUGGGUCGUUUUUAAGAAUUUUAUUUUAAUCUCUAGUGUGACUGAUUCCAAGAAUGAUGAAACACUGUCUCAGUCAUAGCUCUAUAUAAUUCAUUGUUUAUUUGAAGGAGGAAUGACAAUUAUUAUUUUUUAUUUGACCAAAGAUACAAGAAUAAUGAUCUUAAUUAUGUUUGGACUAAAUGUUAUAUCAUGUUGUGUUUUAUAUUAUAGGAUUUUUUCUUUCUAUUUUUAAAUUGUUGCCACAUAUCAAUUUAAACCAAAUCAUAUCACAACAUUCUAUAGUUGCCUUUAUACUAUUGUCUGUUAAGUAUUUAAUUAUAUUUUUUGUUUGUUUAACAUGUUAAAUCUAAGUUUUUGAUGCAAGAUUAUUUAUUUGAUGUUGUAUCUCUAUAUACAGUCAUGCUAUUUUAUUACUAUUAACUCUUUUAAAUGUGUAUGAGCCUGGAAAAUGAUGAGGACUGAGAUAGUUAGGCACUGAGGUGAUCUCACAAUGGGUCGGUCGGUCGAGCAGUGGUUUAGGCACAGCGCUUGACUGUACAGUGGUGGCUCAAUGGGCGGAGUGCCUGAUCAAACAAAAAAGGAAAAUGUGAGUGUCAUCCACUAAGAGCAGAAUCUGGGUUCAGUCCGGCUGAGGAAAAUUUUGUUAUAUUUGAGAUUUGAACCCCAGUCUCUCUCAGCGCGGCAGACACCUCUGCUCACCUGACAGCUGACACUCGGUCUGCCCAAACUUAGACUGAGGAAAAUAAUUUCCGACCCAUUGUGGGAUCACCUUUUGACGGACGUUUGCUUCCAUUAUGACGUUAAAGGGAAUACAUAUAUUUUGCUGAUAUUUUUAAUACAUGCCAAUUCUUUUACUGCUGAUCUUAACCAUUAUGUGAAGUUUUUGGUUCUGUAGUUGUUCUAUGUUUGUGAGAGAUUUAGUCCGAUGUUCUUUAACUGUUUGCCCUUCCUCACUUCAUGGAAUGUGAGUUAUGGUAAAAGUGUCCUGUAUUAUUCUUUUCAGUCAUUAUCCUCUAUGUUUUUAAUUUACUUUGGCUCUGGUAUGGGAUUAUUUAAUUUACCAGUUAAAACUUUUGAGAUCUUGAACAAUUUUUUAUUUUGAAGCAACUACUUUACUUUUGUCUCGGUACAUAAGGCCAUUUUUCAAAUCUUCCUUACUUAAUAUCCUCCUAGCCUUUCCUGUCAGGUGUGUACUGGAUAUUUUGUUUUCUAUGUGAAUAAAGACUCUUUUUCAUUUA